GGCGGGAAAUAACGCGCCAACGAACGGCGACCACAAGCAAUAUUGCAGCGAACGAAACACUGCCUACCACCUUCAUUCGAGUGGACACGUUCAGUUAAUUUACACCAGUAUUAUACGAAAAUCUUGAACCUCUACAAAUUUAUUAUUACGAACCUUGAUUUGACCGAACGAAAAUCUUGUAAUUUCAAAAGAUGUUGUUCUGUGAUUAGUGUUAAGCCGUAUAUAACAUUGAAACCUUAAAACCAAAUGGACAUUUUGAAAAUAAAUGACGAACUCCUUAGAAAAAUAUGAAAUACUAAGUAGUAGGUGAUUAUUUAAUAAAUAAAUGACUUAAUGCCCAGAUAAUCGAAGAAUGUAUAAUUGAUUAUUCAUUAUAAGUACCUGCAUGUAGGUUUAUUCCGCAACAGUUGGGUGAAUGUGAUCCAGUAAACUCAAGAUGGUGUUACGAAGUAUCGAUUACAUCUUAGCCAGUAUCCUGAUUGUGGCAGUUAUCGCAACUCUAGCUAAUGCACAACCGCCUACGGCAGACGAGUCCAUUGGACUAGACCGAAUUCAGCGGCAAUCUUCUGUAAGAGCAGGAAAAAGUGUGGCAAUAAAACCAAAAUGGGGAUUUUUUGGAACAAUAUUUAAUGUUAUUUUGGAACAAAUUAAUGACACAAAAAGUGCUUACAACCAGAUUUCCGAACUAGUGAAUAAUCAAUUUGUAGAUGAUAAGGCUGUAACACCACCUCCAGAUACAUCUAAUAAUGGAACUACCCCAUCCCCAAAAAUAACCAGGAAGGAAUUUUUAAAUAUUCUUGAUCGAAACUUAAAAGGUUUGGCGCGUCUGAGGAAUUUAGAAUGGCGCGAAGCUAAAAAGGAUUCAUGGAAUAAUAUACAAGGUUAUUGGAACGAACUAUUUGGAGAUAAGAAAAAAAGAAUUAGAAGAACGACCAGUCACUAGAUAUUGCCUAAUAUGAAAUUCAUAUUUAUAUAAACAAUGUAAAUAAAGUUAGUAUUUAGUUG